UACCGUUUUAUUCGUCGUGCUUAGAUAAACGUACGCGAAGUUGUUGUAUACGUACCGAUAAUCAAGAAAAAUCCAAGCCUCGACUUUGUGGAAUUGGAAAAACCUCAGUCGAGACAGAUUUCCAUCAAAUUGCAUAAUGUUGCUCGACAUUUCAUCGAUAAACUUGUUUUGCGUCGCGUUGUCGUGUGCAUCUAUUUUCGUGUGACAGAGUCCCAGUCUGAUCAGCAUGUUACAUAUUCCAAGCGACGUGCACAGUCGGAAUGGAAAUUGUAUCAGGCGAUUAAGGAGUUGUUCAUCUUUACAAGUGAAUUUAUCGACGAAAUUGAUAAAUAUCCGACAAAAAUUAAUAUUUUACAUUGACUGAAUCAUGACGAUUGAUAAAACCGAGAUGUCGAGAGAAUUCGUGAAAGUGCCAACCCCGAAUUUCGAACCAUCGGAACGAUGGCGAAUUAUGAAGAACAUUCUAGUGAUUAGUUGCGCUUUUAUGGUGAAUUUUACUGCUUUUAUGGGAGCCUCGAACUUACAGAGCUCUGUCAACGCAGAUCAAUCGCUAGGCACAUUCACAUUGUCGGCAAUUUAUGGUAGUCUACUCUUCAGCAACAUUUUGUUACCCGCUUUAAUUAUAAGCUGGUUAGGAUGCAAGUGGACAAUGUCGGUUUCUAUAUUGGCUUACAUGCCUUUUAUAGCUUCGCAGUUUUAUCCUAAAUUUUAUACUAUGAUUCCCGCUGGAUUGUUAGUCGGAUUAGGCGGUGGGCCACUUUGGUGCGCAAAAUGUACUUAUUUAACUGUGGUAGCAGAAGCUUAUUCGACCGUUUCAGAUAUAGACGUGGAUGUCCUUGUUACAAGAUUUUUUGGUCUUUUUUUCAUGUUUUAUCAAAUGGCACAAGUAUGGGGAAAUCUUAUAUCUUCAGCAGUUCUUUCAUAUGGAAUUGACACGAUUGUCUCAAAUGUCACCCUGAACAGUAGCGUUGUGGCCAAAAUUUGCGGGGCCAAUUUCUGUGGGGUAUCUGAGGAAAAUGAAAAUCCAAAUUUACAACGACCUCCAAUAGAACGAAUAUAUCUUAUUUCUGGAAUUUAUUUAGGCUGUAUGAUAUUAGCUUGUCUAAUAAUCGCGUUUGCCGUUGAUCCUUUAUCCAGAUACGACAGAAAUAGAGCCCGCUUAGUGAAAGGAUCGUCCGGAUUCAAGUUCUUGACCGUGACAUUAAAACUACUAAAAGAGAAGAAUCAACUUUUAAUAUUGCCGAUAACGUUGUUUAUUGGGGCUGAGCAAGCGUUUUUAUUUGCCGAUUAUAACGCAUCAUUUGUUUCCUGUGCUUGGGGGAUUAAUAAUAUUGGUUACGUGAUGAUAUGUUUUGGUAUCACAAAUGCUAUAGCUGCACUUUUUACGGGAGCUAUCGUGAAAUUGACUGGAAGAAAGUCUGUAAUGAUUUUUGCUUUUUGUUUACACUUGAGUCUUUUCGUCUACAUGUUACGAUGGAAACCGACACCAGAACAGGGUAUUAUCUUCUUUCUGCUUUCGGGUUUAUGGGGUGUGUGCGAUUCGAUCUGGCUAGUACAAGUUAAUGCAUUAAGUGGAAUAUUAUUCCCUGGUCGAGAAGAGGCAGCUUUCGCAAAUUUCCGCUUGUGGGAGUCCACUGGUUCAGUGAUAACAUAUGUGUACAGCCCAUAUCUGUGCACUUGUACGAAGCUAUAUCUUUUAAUCGGAAUACUGUGCGUUGGAAUGAGUGGUUUCGGUGUUAUCGAGUGGUUAGGUAUUCGAGCAGACAGAACUGUUUCCGAUAACAAGCCUGAUUUAGAAUUAAUGAAUGAUAGAGACAUCAAUCGAUAAAAUAUAGAAGUAGUAGGUAUCGUCUUUUUCAGUUGACGGAAUUGUAGAAAACUGUCGAAAUGUUUAUUUUUUAAUAUUAUUAAAAAGUAUAUCAAAACCAAAACUUA